UCCAAGGCAGCAAGAGUGACAGGUGGAAGGGAGGGCAGGCCUGGACUGGGAGUAGACCGGGUCCCUUCAACUCAGAGGAGGAGCAGCAGCCUUUUGUUCCCUUCAUUUCAUCUUUGGAGGCCGAGGGAGGAGGAGGCGAAGGGGCUUGGUGUCCCCAGUCAUUUUGCCUUGGACAAAAGCUGUCAAAAGACGAAAGUGGUUCUUUUGGCCAUGAUGGAAACUGCCUCCUGGGAGAAAAGGACAAACAUGGAGAAGACAGGCUCAGCUAGGCUUGAGUUCGAAGGAAGCCCUGGCCCUGUUCAGGGGAAGCACAGAGAUGAGGACUUCAGGAGCAGCAUGGAGAAGAGCCAGGAGGAAUAUGUGCUCAGCUCAGACAUACAGCGCCAGCGCUUCAGACAGUUUGGCUACCAGGAGGCUUUGGGACCUCGAGAGGCUUGCAACCAUCUCCACAAUCUCUGCCGUCAGUGGCUGAAGCCAGAACAACACACUAAGGCCCAGAUUCUGGACCUGGUGAUCCUGGAGCAGUUUCUGACCAUCCUUCCACCAGAGAUGGAGAGCUGGGUUCGAGAGUGUGGAGCAGAGACCAGUUCCCAGGCUGUAGGCCUGGCAGAGGGAUUCCUGCUGAGCCAGGCAGAGGAUAAGAGAAGGGAAAAGCAGCAGCUGCUUCUGGUGCAGGACUUGUUUGUGGAAGAGACAGAUGAGGUGGAGGCCAAGAGGAAUAUGCAGGAAGGGAAUGAAGUAUCCAUCUCACUGGGAGAUGGAGUAAUGUCAGGGCCUGUAUAUAUAAAUACAUCACUUCAUUAUGAUGGACUCAGAACAGCUUCUGAAAGACUGGAUCAGGUGACUUUUGAAGAAGUGGCUGUGGAUUUCACAGAGGAGGAGUGGGCUCUGCUGGACCCAGGCCAAAGGGCCCUUCAUUGGGAAGUGAUGGAAGGGAAUUUGGGGAUCCUGUCCUCACUGGGUGGAGAUGAGUCAGACAGUGAGAGUGAAGAAGAAGAAACAGGGGACUUCCUUGAAAUAGAUCCAUAUGAACUGGAGAAAGAUGAUGGGACAAAAAUGAUCGCUGAAGAAAACAGUUGGAAUAAAGUCCCUGUUUUUCAAAGUAGUGACAUCUCUGAAAUCUCAUACCAAGAGAUAACACAAAAAGGGAAAGAAAUCAGUAUAUGUCUUGUGUGUUGGAAAAGCUUCAGAAGUAAAGCAAGCUUUUAUCUUCAUAUGAAAACUCACACAGAGGAGCAGUCUUUUGAGGGUGAUGAAGGCAGAAAAACCUGCAGUCUAAUGUCACGUGAAAGAAUUUACUCAGGAGAGAAACCAUUUAGGUGCUUGGGAUGUGGAAAGAGCUUCAGCUGGAGGUCACACCUUCUGAUGCACCUGUCAACCCACACAGGAGACAAGCCAUUUAAAUGUUUGGUCUGCGAAAAAAGUUUCAGUCGGAAAGAAACCCUCCUUCGUCAUCAUGCAACACACACAGGGGAGAAACCUUUUAAAUGCUUGGAAUGUGGGAAAGGUUUUAAUCGGAAAAUAAACCUCACUCGUCAUGGGGCACUGCACACUGGGGAGAAACCGUUUAAAUGCUUGGAGUGUGGAAAAAAUUUCAGAUGGAUAAUAAGCCUCGCUAGUCAUCAAACCACACAUGGAGGGGAGAAACCAUAUAAAUGCUUGGAGUGUGGAAAGAGCUUUAGUUGGAAGAAUCAGCUCUCUCGUCAUCGAGCAACUCAUAUAGGGACUAAACCAUUUCAGUGCUUGGAGUGUGGGAAAAGUUUCCUUCAGAAGACUGACCUCACUUACCAUCUAACGGUUCACACAGGGGAAAAGCCAUUUAAAUGCCUGGAGUGUGGGAAGUGUUUCAGUCGGAAGAAAGGCCUGAAUUAUCAUCAAACCACGCACACAGGGGAGAAACCAUUUCAGUGCUUGGAGUGUGGAAAAAGUUUCAGUCGCAAGACAGGCCUCACUUAUCAUCAAGUGACACACACAGGAGACAAACCAUUUCAGUGUUUGGAGUGUGGGAAAACUUUCAGUUACAAAAUAAGCCUCACUCGCCAUCAGGCAAUGCAUGUAGGUGAGAAGCCAUUUAAAUGCUUGGAGUGUGGAAAGAGUUUCAGUCGGAAGACAGGCCUCAGUUAUCAUCAAGUGAUCCACACCGGUGAGAAAUUAUUUAAGUGCCUUGAGUGUGGGAAGAGCUUCUGUCGGAAGAAAGCCCUCAUUUGUCAUCAAGCAACUCAUGUGGAAGAAGCUGUUUAAAUGUUUGGGAUAGGAGCAUAGCUCCAUCCAGAACAGAUGUCUCACUCAGCAAAGAUUUUCAUAUAAGCAAGAAAAAGUUGAAACAACUGAAAUGUGGAAACAGUUUCAGCCUGCAGAAAUAAUCCAGUUUGACACCACUUUAAUUGCCAUGGCUCAAUGGUAUGGAAUUCUGGGAAUUGUAGUUUUGUGUGGAAUUUAGUCUUUUCUCUCAAAGCUCUGGUGGCACAGCAAACUACAAUUCCCAGAAUUCCCUAACAAGUAUUCUUUAUUUCUUUUUCAACAUGUAAUAAUAUCAAAACAGCAUUUCUCAACCUUUCUGUAUGUACCAUUUCCUACAUUAACUCUACAAUUGUAUCCAUGCCUCCAUGUACCAAAACACAAAGUAACAGUAGUAUCAUCAUAAACACAGAUAAAACUAUGACUUCCUCCCUUUUCAGUAUUGGUUAUUUCUACACCUUUUUUUCCUCAAUUUGUGAUUAAUUUACCUGAAACUCUACUUACUUGAACUUAAUAUAUUUAAUAUGUAAUACAUCCCAUUACCUAUUUUUCCUUUUCCUAUUUACUAUCGUCCGUGGAAUUCCCAGGAUUCCAUAGCAUAGAGCCAUGUCAGUUAAAGUAGUGUCCAACUGGAUUAUUUCUACAGUGCAGAUGCAGCCUUAAUUUGAGUUGAUACCAUAUAAAACAUCAAAUAACUCCUAGGAUAGCUACUUAAAUGCCUGGAAAGUGCUCCAGUCAUUUCUCACACUUUGCAAGUCUUACAGAAAUAUAUUCUUAAGAGAAACCAGGUCAGCUGCAUUUAAGAAAAGCAAGAGAGAGGCAACCAUUUAAAUGCUUGACAGUAUGGUACUAUCUACAAUAGGAAAUUGUUCCUUAUCAGACAGUGAAGUAUUCAGAAUUCACACUAGGUGCAAACUAAGAACAACACAGAAGCGGAGUUUUUUAACAUUAAAGAAUCCAGACAGGAUUGUAUAAAUAUUUGUAAAGUGGACUGAGCUUCAAUCAGGCAUGUAUCCUUAUGUUACACUAAAGACUGCGGAUAGGGGAGAACCCUGACAAAAGCUUGGAAAGUGGAAAAUGGUAUUGCAACCUUGCACAGAGGAAAAGCACUUAAAUGCUUUGAGUUGAAGAGGAACUGUGAUUGGAAACACUACGAUAUAUUGCAUGAAAAACUAUACAGCAGAAGAAUGGGAUCAUUGGAAAUACCGUAUAUACUUGACUAUAAGUCAACCUCAUGUAUAAAUAGGGGGUAGGUUUUGGGGCCAAAAUUAUGGAUUUUGAUAUGACCCGUGGAUAAGUCGAGGACAAAACGUAGGAGCAUGUAACGAAGAAUGGAAAGGAUGAUGCAAAGGAAAAUGAUGCCAAAGAACAUUCUGGUAGACAUAACUGUUUGUGCUCAUCCUAAAGGCUGGAUGGAUGACAGAGUAGAGAAGGUCCAUGCUUCUUUUUGGUACUCCCAGGAUGCACUAAGCGCUUGCCUUUUAUCACUCUAUUCAGAGAAAGGGUAUGGCUAUAUAUAUAUAUGAGUUAAAGUACCGUACUUACAUUGACCCAUGGAUAAGUCAACCCAGGUUUUUUGGGUCACAUUUUUAACUAAAAUUUCUAGACUUAUACAUGAGUAUAUACAGUAAUGUUUCUUGUUUCUUAUUGCAUCUCUAAGAAAUCACUUGGGAUAGGAGUGGGAAAAUGCAGGAGGCUAGGAGGCUGCAUGAGACCCCCCCCCCCCCCCCACACAAUUUUUCUGCCACCCAGACACCCUCAACAGGGUAUUGUGGACAUUUUAACCAUGUUUGCAGUCCAUCCGGACCAUUUUUAGUUCCAGGAGAGGAACAACUCCCUGUGGUUUAAAAGGUUACUCCUAGGCCUGAAAUAAUGGGUAGUAGUCAUAAAAAAUGUUCCUCACACUCCUUUGGGGGGCCCUAUUGGCCGCACAAAUAGCCCUCAGGGGCUGCAUGUGGCCAAUAGGCCACACUUUGUCCACUCCUAACUUAAGGGAUAUAUCAACACAAACGCUCGGACUCCAGAGUGUGUGUAACUAACAAUAUAUAUUUUACUAGAAUAAAUUUUCUAAUUUAUUGGCCUUGUUGGUAAUGCUACAAAGAAGUUGCUAACCCACCUCUCUCAAAACUAUAUGCUCAAGGUGGAGAACAUUUGACAUUCCUCCUGGACAGAAGGUUGAAAUGUGGGACAUGUCUUGGAAAAGGAGGACAUCUGGUCCCCCUGCGUGCUGAAAACUAAAUGGGAGUGUGGCCUUGCUAAUAUCUAGAAGAGGAGAGGUAGACUUCAGAACCAUCUGUAAAGGUUAAUAAACUGAGCAACAAAAGGUUGUACAGUGUUUUGUAUACAGCUAUAAUUUAGAAAUCAUGUUAUCCUUAAAGACAUUUUUGCUUUAAUGGUAGGUAACUAUUGGGCAAUACAUUUUGUGUAAAAUGCAAACAAUAAAAAAAAUCACAUAUACAGAUCUAUAGAAAUGCUUAUAUAUUUAGGUUUAAAAAGUAUGUCUUGAUUUGUUUCAUUAGUGAUGUCAGCAACUUAUCUGACCUGACUUAAAUUAUACAAUAUCUAGGGGUUGCCAUGUUGGCCAUAUAGCAAAGUACAGUAACAUCCAAAAUCCACAAAACAGUGAUACCUUUAUUGUUGCUGUGUGCUUUCAAGUCCUUUCCAACUUACGGUGAGCCUAAGGCAUGGGUUGGGUGUUGUUGGGGUUUUUUGGGUAAAUUUCUUCAUAGGAUGUUUGUCAUUAUCAUCCUCUGAGGCUGAGAGAGUGUCACUUGCCCAAGGUCAGCCAGUGUGUUUAGGCCAACCAAAAUUUUGGUUGACCUAGUAAUGGUAUCACUGUUCAGUGGAUUUUGGAUGUUGAUUGUACUUAAGGUAUAAGCUCCUUUUUGAUGGUGUGAAGAGAGUCCACCAAAAGAUCCAAUGGGAAAGUUCAGCAGGUAAGAAAGGGAAGUGUAGGCCCUUUCCCCUUUGGUCGUGAGAUUCUUGUAUGCCUCUUCAUGAUUUCUUACCUCUUUGGUCCAUCAUCUAGCACAGCCAUUGUGCUUCCUCUGGUGGUGCCAUUCCUUUCCCCUGGGUUGAAAGAGAUUCUUCAUAAUAUAUUUAUUUCUUACCUGCCUCUCCCCGUGGAUCGAGGUGAGGGAUGACAACAAUUAACAAACAACUUCAGUUAAAACACAUACGUCUCAUUUUAAAAUGACAAAAUGUGCUCAUAUGAAAACAAUCCCCAUCUAAAGUUCCUCAUUUAAAAUUCACAAUUUGAAAAUCAGCUGAAUAAGCUUGAUGUAGCAAUAGCAUUUGCAUUUCUGUACCACUUAUCAGUAAACUCGGCACUCUUUAAGUGGUUUAUAAUCUGUAAGUCAAUUGCCCCCAACAAGUUGGGGACUCAUUUUACAAAUCUACAAAAGGAUGGAAGGCUGAGUCAGCUUGGAGCCCUCUGGGAUCAAACUCACAACGUUGGGGCUGCAGUAUUGCCUAAGUUCCAUGUGGGUUCUUAAGGCUUGGGGGAGUUUGAACUCAGGUCUCUCCAAGUGCUAGCCCUAAAAUCACUGCAUUGCACUGGCUCCAGAGAUCUUCCUCAACUAUAACUUGAUUAUACUGCUCUUCCCCACAACUUUGAAUCUUCAGUUCCUACUCUUCUGUCCGUCUUCUAUUUUUCCCUCCUAUCCUAAAGCAGAUAAAUUCUUUCUCACACAGAGAAUGCAAAAGGGCCUCAACUACUUAAUAUUAAGUAUUAUGCGUGCGCAGAUGUGAUCCAAUUGUUUUUCAUAUCUAGGCAGCUGUCCUCUGUUGGGUUUAAUCCUCUGAAAUACUGAGGACAAAAGAAGAUGGGUUUGAUUUAUACAGCUGGGGAGCAGAUAUUAAAUACUUGGUUGUUGUCACUAGGAUUGUUAUCCUUUGUUAUUGUUGUACCCUGCUUUGAGGAGAGGUGGAAAAGAAAUAAAAUUAUUAUUAUCAUCAUCAU